AUGGAGGACCCCUCGUCGCAGCCCUCACCCCCACAACCUAGGUCUCGCAUCGACAAGGAGCCGGCUGCCGGGUCGGGGAAUGGCGGCCAGGACCGGGGCUGCGCCAGGCCGGAGGACUCGGACUCCGAUGAUUCCUCGCUGGGCGUCGGAGGAGACUGCGACGACGACGCUCCCCUAGAAGCUGGCGAGGUCGCGCCGGAAGGGGAAGACGAUGACGAUGACGACGACGACGCUCCCCUAGAAGCUGGCGAGGUCACGUCGGAAGGGGAAUACGACGAAGACGACGUCCCCCUGCUUACUUCUGCAUUUGCCGGCCCUUCGAGGAAAAGGGGGCAGCCCAACACUUCGCCGGCAGCCCUGGUCAAGAAACCCUGCCCAACAUCGUUCGGUGGUGACAAGGACGCCGUUGUUACUGCGGCGGCAGCUGCCGCGGGGAACACAAGGGUCCCCGACCCGAGCUUGCAGGGCACCGGCCCGGCAGCAGAGUCCCUUGUAGGGUCCAAGACGUCCGGCGGGAGCGUCCCGGUAGCUGGCGAGGAGGCGGCCGGUGGGGCCGCACACCAAGCCGUCAGCGAGACGCGGCAAGGUGUUCUUUGUGCAGUAGCCGGGGAUGUCCUAGCUGCACCCACGCCCACCGAGGUGCGGGUAAUCGACCUCACCGGCAAGGCCGCCGCCGACGCUCCGGAGGAGGGUGCCUCCUCCAGAGCCCUUUGGCAACCCACCCCGGAGAUUGCCGGGGACGCGACUACUACCGCAGGUGAUGCCACACAGGCGGCGCCGUCUGCAACGGGUGACAUGGGGCAGCCUCUGCCAGCCAAGGCAAGCAACAGCGCCCCGGAGAAGCCCCUGAGCCCACAGCCUGCCCCCUUGAGCGAGCAAGGAGCAGCGGGACUCAGCCAAGCCGGAGGCACGUCACCGCAUCCUAACGCGCCCUCGGGGUCGUAG